AUGGACACGCAGAGCAGUGACACAAUUAGCACUGAAGCUGCUGAGACUGGGUGCUCUGACACUGAGGAGUCCGUGUUGGUCCAGGACGUGUUAAUAGGAAGGAGCCAAAAGUGGAGAGAGUACACAGAAAAUGAAGAGAAAAGAGAAUUUCUAAAUUUUGGCCCCUGUUUUCAGUUUAGGGACACAGAGAAGACAUACCACUGCCUCGAACCUAUAGCCAUUGGUAUAGUAAUGAAAAGCAAUGUGUCUGAAUUCAUUCUGUUUGGGUUGACACAGGAUCCCAGAAAACAGAAGGCAAUAUUUGGAAUCUUUUUGAUAUUUUACAUUAUGACUUUGUUGGGGAACUUUCUCAUUGUGGUGACCAUCAAGACAAGCAGGACCCUUGAGAGUCCCAUGUACUUUUUCCUCUUCUACCUGUCCUUUGCUGAUGCAUGCUUCUCUACAACCACAGCACCCAGGUUGAUUGUAGAUUCCCUCUCCCAGAAGAAGAUCAUUUCCUACAAUGAGUGCAUGACACAAGUCUUUGCAGCCCACUUCUUUGGAUGCAUGGAGAUCUUUGUACUCAUCUUAAUGGCCUUUGAUCGCUAUGUGGCCAUCUGUAAACCUCUGAGAUACACCACCAUCAUGGCUCAGCGUGUGUGUGCUGUGUUAGUGAUUGUGGCCUGGGUAGGGUCUUGUAUCCAUUCUUCAGCACAGAUUUUCCUGGCUUUAAGAUUGCCCUUUUGUGGCCCAAAUGUGAUUGACCACUAUUUCUGUGAUUUGCAGCCAUUGUUGAAACUUGCCUGCAUGGACACCUAUGUGAUAAAUUUGCUAGUUGUGUCUAACAGUGGCGCCAUAUGCAUGGUGAGUUUCAUACUUUUGCUCAUCUCCUACAUUGUCAUCUUAUACUCUCUGAGAAACCACAGUGCAGAAGGAAGGCGGAAGGCCCUUUCCACGUGCACCUCCCACUUCAUUGUGGUUGUCAUAUUUUUUGGUCCCUGUAUAUUUAUAUACACACGUCCACCAACCACAUUUCCAAUAGACAAGAUGGUGGCUGUGUUUUACACAAUUGGUACCCCUUUACUUAAUCCUCUGAUCUAUACUCUGAGGAAUGCAGAAGUGAAAAAUGCUAUGAUAAGGUUAUGGUGUCGUAAAGUGUGA